AUGGUUAGCGGGACAGCAAUGAAGAAUGAACUACUGAAAACUCCCGGGAGUUUGACAGAUGGAUGGCAGAAUGCCCAAACUGUUAUCGGGAAUCGUCCCGGAGGGUACAAGAUCGACGUGAUGCUAGAUGACAUCAGUUUUGAGAACUGUGCAGAGGGAGACAUCCCUGCCAGCCCACAGCAGCUCUCCUGCGAUUUUGAGGAGGACACUUGUUCCUGGUACCACGACUACACUGCCAGCAUCCUUUGGGAGCGGAAAAAAGGAGGAUUUGGAUACUACCCCAUGGGCAAUGGCUAUUAUAUGCUCAUAUCAAGCAAAAGUAGUCUCAACAUCUCAUCUGCAGCGAGACUUGUCGGUUUCGCUGUGGGUCAAGUCAUUUGCGUCAGCUUCCGCUACCACAUUUAUGGCAAUAACAUUGCCUAUUCAAGGUUCAUCAUAGAAGCAGUGGUGGGCGGCAAGCAAGGCACCAUUUCCAUAGAUGACCUCGUUGUGUACAGCAGAGAUAAUGGUUCCUGUCCAGCAGAGCGUGAGUGUACCUUCCAGGGGUCCCUCUGUGGUAUGCAGCCCAUUCUAUCUUCAGAUGUCAGCUGGAACCGAACAACAGGGGUGUCCCAGCCUUCCAACUCCUCAGGCCCACACACAGAUCACACCCUGGAAACAGACCAUGGUUAUUAUCUGAGUGCCCAGUUGUGGCGACAACCGUCGGGGUCCAGAAGUCAAAUAGUGACUACGCUGAUGGAGUCCACCCCACCUCACGGGGAAUGCUUAAUGUUCUGGUUCUACAUGGAAGGAAGAGCUGUGGGUGAACUCAACGUAUACCUUAAAACCUCUGACGCCCUCGUAAAGCUGUGGAGCAGAAGUGGAGAUCAGGGAAGCCGCUGGAGGCACGGAAGAGUGUCACUCUUUAACCCCGAUACCUCAUAUCAGGUCCGAAUACGUUGUGGCAGCUUACGCCAGCUUGCCAUGGUGAUAUUUGAAGCAGUGGCAGGGGAGGCUCCAAGGAGAGAUAUCGCCAUCGAUGACCUGACGGUUCUUAAUGGAGCAUGUCCUCCAGAAGGUUUUUGUGAUUUUGAAAUGGAUUUAUGUGGCUGGGUGAACAGCCCUCCAGCAGAGUCUGGAGUAGACUGGGACUGGCUUUCUGGGAGCACUGGAAGCUCUCUUGUCCCAGAUAGGGACCACUCUACCAAGUCCUCUCUUGGCCACUUUGUCUUCUACAGGUCAUUUAAUUCACGCAGAAGCCAAAUAGCUCAUCUGGAGAGUGAGUUCAUGAAGGCUGUGGACGAAGCUUGUCUGGUGUUCUGGCACUUUGCUGAAGGCUGGACAUCAAACAAUCCUUCAGGUGUUACAUUGACGGUAUUUGUCAACGAGACCUCUGGACUGCGUCCGGUUUGGACCAUGAAUGGAUAUCUCAAUGGUACCUGGAUCCAAUGCAAGGUUGACUACAGUGCAUCAGGGCCUCACCAGAUUAUCCUGCAAGCCAGCAAUCUGCCCUGGGAGGACUCAAGUUUUUCCCUCGAUGAUGUUCACAUUAUAACGAACAAGUCUUGUCGGGAUACAGUCCCGACGACCACCCCAAAUCCUGCCACCACCACCACCGCUACUCCAGACUCUGGCGUGCACUGCACAUUUGAACAAGAUCUGUGCAACUGGGUCCAGGAGGUCGAUGACGAUUUUAACUGGACCCUCAGAAGGGGACUUCAAAUGGACGAGCCUUGGGACGGACCUCUUUAUGAUCACACAAUAGACAAUAACCAAGGUUUUUAUUUACUUCUCAGUGGAUCUGGAUUCAGGGACAAGGAGAGAGCAAGCAUCUCUCUUCCCGUCAACAAUGGGACAUCACAAAUCUGUGUUGGAUUCUGGUAUUACAUGAUGGGGUCUUCAGUGUCAGCCAUUGAUCUGUUGGUUGAGACUAAUUUUUCAAAAACACGGAUCUGGACACGGAAAGGGACCCAGAAUGCAGAAUGGAUGAACGCACAAGUCACCAUCGACGUAGAGGAUGAAAUUAGACGGGUGAUGUUCACUGGCCACAGAAACAGCAACAGUGAGGGAUUCAUUGCACUUGAUGACAUCACAGUGAGCAUUGGGGCCUGCAGUAAACACAGCCCCGUCUGCGACUUUGAGUCCAGCUGGUGUGGCUUUGAGAGGGAUGUCAGCCAUGUGGGACAAUGGGGACGCAAAAGAGGCACAAAAAACAACUUGGAUCACACAUAUGGAACAGAAAAUGGUUACUACAUGACUGUCAUCAACUCAAAUCCCACACAACAGGAAACUGCUCAGCUGCUGUCACCUGACUUCAGCUCACCCACCGAGAUGUGUGUUCGCUUCUGGUAUCGGCUGCCUGCAGGGUCGGCCAACAUGCUAUCUGUGCAUGUGCGGAGCGGGGAAGUGGGUGAUGCCAUUUGGCAACGUUCUGGUGCACCCUCUUCAGACUGGGAGGUGGCAGAGGUGGUGUUCAGGGCAUUCCAUGAGCCAGGCAUGAAUUCCACAGUACAACUCGAUGAUUUCUCCAUAAGGAAUGGGGCCUGCUCUCCCUCAGCAAGCUGUGACUUUGAUUCUGGACACUGCAACUGGCUCAACAUACCCACAGAAAAUGGACAUGACUGGGUGCUUGCCAAUGGGGGUUUCCAGGGUCUACCUGUGACCCAAACCACCCCAGAAGGUUGGUUCCUGUUGAGCUUAUCACACAGAAGCAUCAGUGUGGCUCAGAUAGCCUCCGAAUGGGUCCAUCUCAAAGACUCCACAGGCUGCCUCACCCUACGGUACCAUGUUGAUAGCAGCAAGCGUGGGACCUUGCAUGUCCACAUUCGCUCGAGCCUAUCGGAGGAUGAGCUGAUAUUCCAAAGCAACAGAAGCAGUGGACACAGCUGGGACAUCUUUUCUCACACUCUGGAGCGGAGCAAACCUUUCCAGUUGAUGAUCCAAGCAGAAAGCAGCCAUGGAGGCUUUAUCGCCAUUGAUGAUAUCACUCUCACACCCACUCCAUGUCAAGUGAAUGAAACAAGUUCCGGUUUUGCGGGCUGCACUUUUGAAAAUGGCACAUGCAGCUGGAAGGAUGUCAGUGUUGGUCAGAGUCAGUGGGAGCGCAUGGAAGGCAGGACUGCGACUGGGAACACUGGACCUUCUGUUGACCACACACUGGGCACUGAACUUGGUUGGUACAUGGCGGUGACCCCUGACAUUGGUGAGACCAUAAGCUUGGCCACCUUGCAGAGUCCCGUCAUGACACAGGCUAGCACUAACUGCACGCUCCACUUCUACUACAACAUUUAUGGAGAAGACAUCCAAGAGUUGAGGGUUCUGCUCGAUGAGAGCUCUCGGACCACUGUCCUUUGGUGGCAGUCGGUUGGAGGUGAAGAUAUGUGGCUACAUGGCGAAGUCGAGGUCGGUAGAACCCACCGGGACUUCAUCAUCCUGUUUGAGGCAACCCGGACCUUCAGCAAGCUGGGCCACAUUGCCCUUGACGACAUUAACUUCACCAGCUGCUCGCUGCCAGAGCCUCAACCUGUCUGUCCUGACAAUAUGUUUACAUGCAAUAACAGCAUAUGCGUGGAGAAGAAGCGAGUGUGCGACUUCACCGAUGACUGCGGCGACUGGAGUGAUGAGAUCAACUGUGAGCUACAAGGCAAGAUGCAGCGUUGCAGCUUUGAACAAGGUCUGUGCUCUUGGGCUCAAGACCAAUUGGAUGAACCCGGAGCGAGAUGGACACGACAAAGAGGACAGGACGCCUGGCCUUACGGUGGACCUCCGCGAGAUCACACCCUAAACAGUGCUGCAGGUCACUAUAUAACUCCUGGGAAUCACCUCACUGAGAAGGGGCAGAUAUCUGAGAUUCUCUCCAACACGUUACUUCCCAGCUCAAAUUGCACGAUCAGAUUCUUCUACUACAGCCUGGGAGACGUCACAGGAAGACUUACGAUACAGUACAGGACGCUCCGCUUUGGUGCCAACGACACCAUGUUGUGGCUCAGGAUGCAAACGGGAAGCUACAGCUGGCAGAGGGUCGACGUCACCUUCUCCUCCUAUAUAAAGUCCAAGAUUGUCUUUCGGUAUGAACGAGGUGAUGCUCACAGAGAACACGUUGCCCUGGAUGACGUGUCCUUCUCCCAGGAGUGUGAAUUUGACCCUGCCAACAGCCAACUGCCUGACAUAACACCCACCUCAGCCCCGACUACAUCCACUCAGGCCCCCACCAUGCCAGACACCCCUGUAACCUCCCCCUCACCAACCAACCCAUGCCAGGAUGAUGAGUUCUUUUGUUGGCGCUCAUCUGGUGAACCAUGCAUUCUGGCUACUCUUAAGUGCAAUUAUCAUCCCGACUGUCCCCAAGGGGAGGACGAGGAUGGCUGCGGUCCGUGCACGUUUGAGAGUGGCCAGUGUGGCUGGACAGACGCAGGCCUAGGGCAGAGGACGUGGUACAGACAGAAAGCAGAUGGCAACACGCAACCUCCCAGCGAUCACACCACGCAAUCAGGCUUCUUCAUGAUCACCAACUCCAGUCAGACAUCCCAGCCGAGUGAGGCCGGACUCCAGAGCCCCCUCCUCCCUCCCUCGUCCCCCUUCUGCCAGAUUCAGUUUCACUUCCACAUUAGCUCCGAGUGUGCUGGCUCGCUUAGAGUGCUGAUGCAGCGAGAUGAUGGAAGUGAAGCAAUCCUGUGGUCACGCAACCGCCGCACCGUCCACCAUUGGACGCCUGAAUAUUUGCCCUUGUGGACGCACCUGCAGCCUCACAAGGUGUGGUUCAGCAGUUGGACUGAAGCCUACCAGGGAGACGCCACCAAUGAAGCUUGUGUUGUCGCUGUGGACGAUGUCUCUUUCCUCAACUGUGAGAACUCCUUCCACCCGCCAGCUCUCUCUGCCUUGGGGUGCACUUUUGAAGACGACCUAGGCGUUUGGGUGCAGGGGGCCGAGGAUGACCUGGACUGGAUCAGUUGGUCGGGCCCAACAGACACACCCAACACCGGGCCUGCUGGUGACCACACGACGGGAGAAGGAAAAUACCUCUUUAUCGAGAGCUCCCCUCGAAGCGCCAAGAGUCAUGUUGCCCAGCUGAAGUCAGCGUUGCUGCCACCUGCUGGUGAAAAUGGGUACUGUUUAACAUUCUGGUACCACAUGUUUGGAGCCACUGUGGGUUCUUUGAGCAUGUUCCUACACACCGCCGUGGGCAAAACACUGGUGUGGCAAAAAUCAGGAAACCAAGGAGAUGAGUGGCAGCUAGCACAGAGUCACGUGACCUUGCAGAAGGCCCAUCAAGUGAUUGUGGAGGCCAGCGUGGGAGGCGAGGCGGGUGACAUCGCCGUCGAUGACAUCUUACUCGUUCCCGGUGCAUGCAGUGCCUCUGCAGACGUGUGUGAUUUUGAAGAGGGGAGCUGUAACUGGAAACAGGACACCAACGAUGACACCGACUGGAUUCGACAGUCGGGCCCCACCCUGAACCCCAACACGGGCCCCGACAGCGACCACACCACCAAUGCGCCCAUCGGCCACUACUACUACCUGCCCUCCUCCAACCACGACACCAUUGGCCAGACCGCCGCUAUGAUGUCACCUUUGUACACCCCGAGUACACGAAAAGGAGCAUGUGUGCAGAUUUGGUACCACAUGUAUGGCAGAGGCAUGGGGACAUUCAACAUUUAUCAGCAGAGCCAAGACGGCGACCGGCAUCUGAUUUUCUCCCAGAGCGGAGACCAGCUCCGGCUGUGGAGGUUGGCACAGGCUUCACUUCUGCCUUCACUUCAGCCAUACCGGCUCAUGGUGGAAGGCGUGAAGGCCGGUCCCACCCUGGAGGGCGACAUGGCUUUUGACGAUGUCCACCUGUUAGACACGAAUUGCCCCCCUCGCGCCACCUGCGACUUUGAGAUCAACAUGUGCAGCUGGACCAACGUGAGGGGAUCAUUGGACCAGGGCGACUGGCUCCGAGGCAUGGGAGCCUCCCCGAACCCUAACACUGGACCCAGCGUGGAUCACACCACAAACACGCCACACGGUUACUACCUCUACGUGGACAGCUCAGCGGGUCAGUGGCCUGACGCAUCCUUCCUAAUCAGCGAUGUGCUCCAACCAGGCACGAGAGGGCACUGUCUUGUAUUCUGGUACCACAUGUUUGGCUCGCACAUUGGGACGCUGCGAGUUUACAUAAAUGACAGAAAAACACACAUCAGUGGUAACGAGGCUGGUGCUGAGAAGUGGGUUGAGAUUGGAGACAAGGGAGACAAGUGGCUGAAGGCCAGUGUUUUUGUUGAAGCAGACGAGGCAUUCUGGUUUGUGUUUGUGUAUCAGAGGGGUGAGGAUGCAGGCGGCGACAUUGCCCUGGAUGAUAUCAGCAUCCUUCGUGGACCGUGCCACCCAGAACCUACCACUGACCCUGCUGUUGAUGACAACACCGAUAUGUUGUUUGUCGGCCUUGCGGUGGGUCUGACUCUCCUCGCAGGAGUCGUCAUCAUCAUCUACCUCUUUAUACUGAACAGGAAUCACUGUGCAAAAAGGCAGACAGCUACGACAGGCAGAAACAUGCUUGAUCAGAAUGCUGUGUUUGACCUCUAUGAUUGCCAAAUAGAUGGCACACAACAUGGAACCGUAUCCAACAUGUCCAUCAAGCUGUAUAAUGCAACCAGCACACAUUCAUCCAGCGCCUAGCUCAGAAAUCCCUUUAUUUUGAUUUUUAUAGUUGUUUUUAAUGUUAUCGCAAACAUGUGGAAUGAAAAGAACAUAUGUAUAAUUGAUAUAAUGGACAUAUGGAAGUAUCAAAAUAUGUUAUGCCUUUUUUUCUAAUAUGCAAAUACUGCUACACAGUCAAAGCUCAUGACUGAGAACACAUUAUCACAUGUUCUUUUUUUAAAAAAUGAAAGAAGA